AUGCCUGACAGUAAUCCGCAACUCCGUAUGCCACACCCACAGCGAAGAGGAGUGCAUACUUCAUCUGCACAUGAGCGGCCAUUGUGCCAGGCCGAGAGACCGACCAUCACAGUGACCGAGAACAGGGUAUUACCGCCGGCGGUGGCCGGUGGUGUGGUGUGGAGGCGAUACUUCGGAGGCCAGGAAGUGGGUGUGGAUACGGAGAUUGGCAAGGAUCGCAUGGGCCUGGACAUGAACGUGGUCGGUGGAUAA